CGAGAAUCUGAAUAACAGAACCCAAUCUUCCCUUUCAACUGACUGCUUUACAAUCAACUCACUCUGAAAAUGUCAAGCCUGAGCAUUCACCGUGCAGCACAGGAAGGCCAGCCAGGUCUCAUCCGCUCGCUCCUGUCCGAGACCCCCGCCGCCAUCAACUCUAAAGACGACGACGGCCGCACACCACUCCACUGGGCCGCGUCAGCCAACAACCUCGGCGUGACGCAGCUGCUCCUCUCGCACUCGCCAGACCUCGAAGCCCGCGACGCACUCGGAUGGACACCGCUCACUGUCGCCGCCGCGUCGGGCCAGCUCGAGAACGCCACGGCGCUGCUCGACGCCGGCGCCAAGGUUGACGCGGCCAACGACAAGGGUCAGACGGGGCUGCACUACGCGGCCUCCAAGGGCAACGUGUCGAUCAACGCACGCGACCGCGCAAACCAGCACCCGCUUCACCGCGCCGCGACGACAGGCAACGCCGGCUUCCUCGGCAUCCUGCUCAACCCCCCGCCAGGCCGCCCCAAGACGCGUCUUAACACGCAGGACCGAGCUGGCAACACGCCCCUCCACCUGGCAUUUGAGAGCGGUCACGGCGACGCGGCAGUGACGCUUAUCGAGGCUGGUGCGGACCGCGAGAGGACUAAUGUCGACGGCGAGGUCCCCGAGGAGAUUGACGGCGUGGGAGGACAGGAGCAGAAGAAUGUCCGUGCGUACGUCGUUUCCAAGGUCGGUGUCCGCGACUCGUUGGACUAGAGUAUAUAUAGAGGUCGGUGGGGUGCCCGUUUGGCAGCAUGUACUUGUGAUUAGCGGGCGUCCGUGGACCGACUCUAGCGUCGUUGAGCCAGUCUAGCGCGAGCUCGCCGAUCAGCGUGGCCCAGCUCUAAGC